GCUCAUGAUACCAAUUUAUACUAAAUACAAUUCGACAUGUAAUACUUGCAUCAUGUGGAUGGGCUGAUAAAGAUUUAAGAAAAUUUGCGACCAAAGAACAAAAUCAAUUUAAAUUGACAUUUCAACUAGUUACACGACUCACGCGCUCAUUACGUUUAUUACGGCACAAAACAGCAUGAACAUAUUCCGUCUGCUAGGUGACUUUUCCCACCUUGUAGCUCUUAUAAUUCUGCUUAGAAAAAUAUGGAAGACAAAGUCAUGCGCAGGUCUCUCGGGAAAAUCACAACUCCUCUUCGCUAUUGUUUUUAUCACUCGUUAUCUAGAUCUAUUGUACACUUUUAUCUCAAUCUAUAACAUGAUUAUGAAGAUCUUCUUCAUCUCUUGUUCCUGUGCAACUGUUUACCUGAUGUACUUCAAAUUUAAAGCUACAUACGAUUCAAAUCAUGACACUUUCGCUGUGUACUUAUUGUUGGUGCCUAGUUUGCUCUUGGGAUUGUUUGCAAAUUACGAGUUUUCUUUGACAGAGAUACUGUGGGCAUUCUCAAUUUAUCUGGAAUCGGUUGCUAUAAUGCCUCAACUAUUCAUGAUUAGUAAGACAGGUGAAGCGGAGACGAUUACUUCACAUUACUUAUUCGCAUUGGGAUCUUACCGUGCGUUAUAUCUGCUCAAUUGGGUGUAUCGUUACUAUUAUGAUGAUUUUCUUGAUUAUGUCGCUGUUAUUGCUGGCAUAGUACAGACAUUGCUAUACUGUGAUUUCUUCUACUUGUAUGUAACAAAAGUUAUGAAAGGACGCGGCUUAAGACUACCUGCCUAAAUUUUGAUGAUUUCCAAUGUUUUUUCCUGUGUUAUACUACUGUACAACUAUGAUUGCUUUGUUCCGCCCUAGUUGUGUUAUCAAAUAAAAGUGUUUUCCUAGAGUAUGUAGCCUUUUUCGCUCAAUAUUCUUCUGCCAUUUCUAGAAUUAUUCCACUUGUCCCAUUUAUGAUUUCAAAUCGGUAUAUUUUUGGCAUUAUUGAUUUCUAUCUUGUCAAAGCUCUCAUCAUGUCACGCAAUGUGUUAAUUGCCUAUUCUAAGACUUCAUAUCACUUUUCAAAAUCUAUACAUUCUAUGAACUAUUCUAUGUUUGAAAUUAUUUGUUCUAUCACUUAACUAUAACCAUAAUCAUAAUCACAAG